AUGGACGCCGGAAACAGUGUUGGCGGGCCUUAUCUCCCCAAUCCUACAGGGCGUAAUGUCCACAGCCAUGGUCCUGCACACUCAGCUGCUGAUCCAAACGCAAUGCUUAACCAAUUUGCCGGACUCUCCCUGGGAGGUAUGAGUAUGCCUAGCAGCUCUGCUCCAAUGCCGAUGGGACAUAACCCACCACCAUACAUGGUUGGAACUGAUACCCCAUUUGUUCUGGCUCACAUGUCCGCUCACCAAAUUGGCAUGAACCAUCACCACACCGAAAAUCCAUAUCAGAACCUGGGUAUCCCUGGAUAUGGGUCUCCUUAUGUUGGCGUUCAGAUGCCCUUCGUCCCUUUCACUCCUGGACGAGCUCAUAUUGCCCAGCCUCGUGUGGAACGCGGACAUUCAGAUGUGCCUGGCCUUGAGAAUCGUCGCGGAUCAUAUUCCACGACCGAGUCUACCCCAGCUACUCCUUUUUAUGGCACAGUUUCGCAGCGUGAUGACGGCCCACGAGUUGCCAGCCUUGACCGAUCCGCUUAUACGACUCCUUCCCCCCAGCAAAUUGGCCUCCCGGCCCUUCAUGCCGACCCAACCAAACCCGCUAUUGCUGUAGUAUCGGACCGGACUGUCGAUGAAUAUCUUCAACAGGAACCUGCUAUUCCCCGAGCUGUCCCUGCAGUUUUUACACCUCCCAGCCAGAUGAAGAGCCUUGAACAGAGCCUUGAAAAUCGUAUCCCGGGCAAUCGCAAUGUAUACAUUCGCGGACUACAUCCUACUACGGACGAUGAACUACUUUACAAAUUUGCCUCUCGUUUCGGACCGGUCGAAACAUCCAAAGCAAUUAUUGAUACUGGAACAGGGGCAUGCAAGGGAUUUGGCUUUGCAAAGUUCUUUGAUUCUCAGGACUCCGAAAUGUGCAUUCGUGGAUUCCACCGACUUGGUUACGAAGUUGGCUUUGCCCGGGAAUCCUUCAACUCUCGCCUUAAGGCAGAAGGCGACGAAGGCUCUACCAAUCUGUACAUUUCCAACCUUCCGAAGACGCUGACUGAAGUGGAACUUGGAACCAUCUUCCUCGGAACCACCAUCCUCUCGAGCAAGAUUCUUCGGGACAGCAUGGGAAAUAGCCGUGGUGUUGGCUUUGCCCGAUUCGAGAGCCGUGAAAUUUGCGACGAGAUUAUCAAGAAAUACAAUGGGGUUGGAAUUGGGGAGGAGGGUCUCCUCAUGAAUAUUCGAUAUGCAGACACUCCAGCUCAAAAGGAAUUGAAGCGAGUCACUGCCGAGCGCCGCCAAUUCCGGACAAACGAGUAUAAUAUCGGGGCUUAUGGCACUCCUCUUGUGGGAAUGAGCCCUACACUGUACAACCAACAAUCUCAAUGGCGCAGAACAUUGCCUGUUUCGCGAAGUGGGCUUUCUGCUUCAUCAAAUGAAGAGGGAAAUGUGAUGAGACACUCGGGGACCCGACGCGGACUAUCCGAGAUAGCUCCGAACACGAUUACGGAUGUGGCUGCUGCCGCUACCAUGUCGGACAGUGAUGAAGGUGUAACGAUUCACGCCGACUCAUCCACCGUCGCCGGUGGCACUAACGAGAACAAGUCGCCAUCUACCAAGGGUGCUCGACGGGAUGAAAUUAGUGAUUAA